AUGACCGACACCAAUACCAGCCUCUCCGGUACGCUACAAUCCUCGCUAGCCCUAACUUGGGUGGGUUACGAACCAGAUGGGGAGACGUCUGACAGCAUAUACGAGACUCCACCGCCUGAGGUCCGUCGUUCUCCCUCGCCGCUCUUGUUGCCCCGUCCGGACAAAGAGGCUUCACGCCACGGUUCUUCGUCUGCACAACACCCGGACAAAGACUCUAUUUCUCAUACGAUCGAGGGAAUGUUCACCAUCCUACAACAGAUGCAAGCCUCUUUCGCCAGCUACACCUCCCGAAACUCGCACCAGGAGGAGACUCAGGAGAAGAAGAACGAGCAUAUUUCCCACCUUGCCGCCAACACACGUGCUCUGCAGGAGAACACGCGCUUGGCUGAGAAGAAGAAUGGUGAGGAGGACGGGGAAGUCAAGCGUUUAGAGGAUGCCGAUAUGCAGAUGACUGAGACGGAGAAGGUCCAGCGUCUGGAGGAGGCCAACGCGCGCUUGGAUGGGGAGAAUCAGGCUCUUCGCAACGAAGUGGAUUUGCUUAGACGGCAGAACAAGGCGGUGCGGACGGAGUUGCGACGGAACGUGAUGUUGCAGGGUAGGCGGUGGAUCGGGCGUGACUUGCCUAGGUAG